AUGGAAGUUCCAGAUGCAGGAGUAGAGUCCGGAUGUCCACAGACUGAUCCGUUGUCUAUUAUUCUCGGAGUUUGCUUCCCUUCGGCGUGUUCUGUUUCCGAUCUGGCGAAAGUUUCAGCAUUGUACCUUCCCUACAACUUGAAAGUCGAAUGUGAAUCAGAAAGCCGUUGGUCUCUUGUCACAAUCUUCUUAUUCGUUCUAUUCGGUAUUUGGAUAAUUCCACAAGCAGUUGCUACAGUUCAACCAUCUCUAAAUGACUCAAUUCUCAGUUGUUUCUCAAUUCCUGAAAAUGCGAAAAGAACGUUGUCGACGAGAAGAGAGACUCCUUAUCUUCAUGUUGUUCAUGGUCUCGAAUUCCUCUUAUUCUUCUCAAUCGUUUGUGGAAUGGUCUACAAUUUCAUGCUUCCUUACAUUGAGAAUGUGGCCUUUUCAUUCGAAGGAGUGACUUCAUUAUCAAUGCAUAUUGUCAAUAAUUAUUCUUUCCAAGUCGAUGGUCUUCUUGCUCUUUCAGCAUUCUACACAACGUACAUGUUGUUUGGAAAUAUUCCAACAAUCAGAGCAGCACUAGAUGCAGUUUGUCAAAGAAUCGCCAGAUUCUGGCCAGCGUACAUAGUGUGUGUUCUAUUCAUGUAUGUAAUUUUUCCUGGAGUUUCAUCUGGUCCAAUGUGGAUUCACACGGAUACAGUAAGCCGUUGUGAGAGUGGAUGGUGGAAGAAUAUCAUAUUCAUCAAUAAUUGGUUCAAUGUAACUGACACUUGUGUCGAUAUUGGAUAUGUUAUUUCAAUGGAAGCGCAAUACUUUUUACUACUUGUUAUUCUUAUUUUCUUGUCUUCGAAGUUCCCAAUGUUGACUCAGAUUUUCGCCUAUUUGAUGUUGUUUUCAUCAAUUGUUUUCUCAUUCCUUCGUGCAUAUAAACUUUCUCUCCCACCUGCUCCAAUUCUCAGUUUGGAACCAGAACCAUUAGAGAAGACAUAUGCCCUUUUCGACCAGUUAAUGCUCAGUUUGUUCGCGAGAAGUAGCAAUUAUUGUUUGGGAUUCGUAUUCGGCAUUGGGUGUGCCACUGCUUCAGAGGAUCUCCGAAAAAUGGGUUUGAGAUAUUUCAAUCACAAACUCCUUGCCGUUGCCUGCAUCGUGUGUGCUGCAUUGACACUGUUUGGAGCCUUCCCGUAUUCAGCAUGGGCUUGGUCUGACAACAAUACACUCUGGAAUGCAUUAUAUGCAGCUUUUCAUAGACCACUAUGGGCAUUUUCUCUUCUUUCGUUCGUUUAUCUCUGUCAUCAUGGAGCAUUCAAAUGGUUGAAUGCUCUUUUGGAAUGGCGUGUAUUCACACCUCUUUCAAAAGUGACAUGGAUCGCUUUAGUCGUUGCUGAACCAAUCAUUCUCUACUUCUUCUCAUCCCUCAAUAAGCCAGCUUAUGCAACUCAUUGGAGUACGAUGUACACCGCCAUUUCGGCAGCUCUUCUGGCUUACUUCAUCGCAAUGUUCUUAGAUGUUUUCGUGACGAGACCAGUCAGAUUUUUGAUUUAUCCAGAACAGAGACAUCGAUACGCCCAGGCACAUACACAGGAACAACAAGCAAAUUGA